UUGGGGGAGUCAGUGACGAGCUGCAGUGGCCAAGGGAGCCCACGCAUCCAAGGGGUGGCUUCCCAGGGAGGCAGUGGUGAGCCUAGGGGGACGUGGAAACGGAGGGACACCAAGGACCUUUUUGGGCUGCUCUGGAGACAGCGUGAGCAGCUGGUGCAGCCAGUGUUCCCUGGGCAGUGUGCACCCCUGCUGCUGGCCUCUUGCCAGCUGGAGACCCCUCGGCACUGCCCGCAGCCAGCGGGAUGAUGGGCUGGAUCGACCGGGUGGUUCCCCAGCCCCCGGCGCCCCAUGUGACAGAGGAGACCCCUGUGCAGGAGCCAGAGCCAGUUAAGGCACCAACAGGAAAGGCCAGCGGCCCCACGGAUGCUGCUGACCAGGCACUCACUGAGGAAACGGAAAAGAAGGUGGUGUUUGUGGUCUCUGAGGACUCAAGUUCUGUGUUUGAGAGUGUGGGGAGUAGUGUGCUCUCCUGGCUCUCCUAUGGGCUGGAGAAGGUGAUUCCCCAGCCAGCUCCAGGGCUGCAGGCACUUGGGAAGAGCUUCGAGACAAGCAUCGACAUUGCUGAUGAGACAGAGGUCCAGGUCCUUGGGGAUGAGGACAACAGUCUGGAGAUAACCCCCUUCGAUCCCGAGGAGGACGUGUCUGAGGACGAAGCGGAGGCCGACGCGGAGGAGUGGGCAGGAAAGCGGGUGCUCAACUGGCUGUCACAGGGCUUCGAGAGGAUUGUGCCGCAGCCUGAGGGGAUGAAAAAGCCGGAGACCGAGCCGAAGAAGAGCGAAGGCGCGGUGGAAGGCACAAAAGAGACUAAAACCCAGGCAAAGUCAAAAUCCAGCACUUCAGCCGGACAGAGCACCCCAGCGGCAGCAGCAGCCAAGGGGCAGCCGGGGCCAGUGACCGCCCUCAGCCCUCAGUCCGUGGCUGUGGACAGCGGCAGGAUGUUCACCUGGUUUGUCCAGGGGCUGGAGAAGGUGAUGCCACAGCCGGUGACCAGGGAGGCGCGGGACACACAGGGAGUGGCCACAGCAACCUCAAGUCCUGUGGAACAAAUUCAUGCAGCCCCUGGGGAGCAGGAGCAGACCCAUCUCGUUCUGCAAGAGAUCGAUGAUGACCGGAUUAACGAAGGGGUGACGGCCUGGGCUCACAAGGCUGAGCUGGAGGCAGCUGCUCCUUCCCUUCCCACCAUACAGGAGGAACCUCAGGAGGAAGAAGACAGACUAUCUUUGUGCUCCCCAAACACUACAAAGGGGGAAGAGGAAAAGGAGGAAGAGGAUAAGAAGGAGGAGGAAGAGAGGAAGAAAGAGGAGGAAGAGGAGAGGAGGGCACUCGGGAUUAUUUCGGGUGUUACAGAGCUGAAUGUAAAGACAGGAUUAUGUGUUGUGUCUGCAAGUGCUGCUUCAUACAAACCCCUGCUGCAGCCACCUUGUCUCCCUGAUGAUGAGGGUGUGGAUGAAGCCUGCCUUGCCGAGGAGACCCUCAGGAUUGAGCAGCUGGAAGAAGCUGAGAUAAGUAAUCUCGAAGGCGCUCUUGUCCAGGUGGAAGAGGAGACAGCUGAAGCUGCUGAAACCGAUGCUGAAGGUAAUUACCCCACCCUGGAGAUCAAGGAUGUGGACAGCCCAGGCCAUGCUGUGGAGAUCCAUGCGACCUCUUUACCAGUGCCCACCGCCAGUGCUCCCAACCUGCUGGCGGUGCCCGGCGCAGCAUCCCCCAGGAGGAAGCGACUGCUCCCAGAGGAUGGUCUGGACGAGGGGCUGGGGAGCCAAUCCCCCACCCGAGUGCUGGGCUGGGAUGAGGAGCAGAGGAAAAGCCUGCCCGAGCGCAUCGGCUCGGCCACGAGCCUGAGCAGUGCCAUCAUCAACACCCGGCUCCAGGAGCUGGUGAGGCUCUUCAAAGAGAGGACCGAGAAGGUGAAGGAGAAGCUGAUUGACCCCGAUGUCAGCUCGGACGAUGAGAGCCCUGUGGCAUCUCCCACCAAGCCAGCACCUGCAGCAGCGGUGCCUGCCCCAGGAGGGGAGCCAGAGGACAAGCCUUUGGGGGAUGACCACUACUGCGAGAUGCUGUGCUGCACAUUCAAGUCCCGGCCCUGGCUGGACCGCCUGAAAAGCUACCAGUUCCCCAGCAGCAUCGACCCGCUCACCAAUUUGAUGUACGUGCUGUGGCUGUUCUUUGUUGUCAUGGCCUGGAACUGGAACUGCUGGUUGAUCCCUGUCCGCUGGGCUUUCCCCUACCAGACUCCAGCAAACAUCCACUACUGGCUGCUGGUGGACUACCUCUGUGACCUCAUUUAUCUGCUGGACAUCCUCGUCUUUCAGACCCGGCUGCAGUUCGUUCAGGGGGGAGACAUCAUCACUGCCAAAGAGGCCAUGAAAAAAAACUACCUGCACUCACAACGCUUCAAGAUGGAUGUGCUGUGCCUCCUGCCGCUGGAUUUCUUCUACUUCAAAGUCGGUGUCAACCCCCUCCUGCGCUUUCCUCGCUGUCUGAAGUACAUGGCCUUCUUUGAGUUCAACAACCGUCUGGAGGCUAUCCUGACCAAGGCAUACAUCUACAGAGUGAUUCGGACCACUGCCUACUUACUGUACAGCCUGCACGUCAACUCCUGCCUCUACUACUGGGCCUCAGCCUACGAAGGACUGGGCUCCACCACCUGGGUCUAUGAUGGGGAAGGAAACAGCUACAUCCGCUGUUACUACUGGGCAGUCAAAACCCUCAUCACCAUCGGGGGCCUGCCAGACCCCAAGACACUGUUUGAGAUCGUCUUCCAGCUGCUGAACUACUUCACAGGCAUCUUUGCUUUCUCUGUCAUGAUAGGGCAGAUGAGAGACGUGGUUGGCGCCGCUACUGCAGGGCAGACUUACUAUCGGAGCUGCAUGGACAGCACCAUUAAAUACAUGAACUUCUACAAGAUCCCCAAAAGUGUUCAGAACCGGGUGAAGACGUGGUAUGAGUACACGUGGCACUCUCAAGGCAUGCUAGAGGAGUCAGAGCUGCUGGUGCAGCUGCCAGACAAGAUGAGGCUGGACAUCGCCAUCGACGUGAACUACAACAUCGUGAGCAAAGUGGCCCUUUUCCAGGGUUGUGACAGACAGAUGAUCUUUGACAUGCUGAAGCGGCUCAGAUCAGUGGUCUACCUGCCCAACGACUACGUGUGCAAGAAGGGAGAAAUAGGCCGCGAGAUGUACAUUAUCCAGGCGGGACAAGUGCAGGUGCUGGGGGGACCCGAUGGCAAAUCCGUGCUGGUGACUCUGAAAGCUGGAUCUGUCUUUGGAGAAAUCAGCUUGCUGGCAGCAGGAGGGGGAAAUCGCCGGACAGCGAACGUCGUGGCCCACGGCUUCGCCAACCUUUUUAUUUUGGAGAAGAAGGACUUGAACGAGAUUUUGGUGCAUUACCCGGAGUCUCAGAAGCUGCUGCGUAAGAAGGCCAAGAAAAUGCUGAAAAACAACAACAAACCCAAAGAUGAGAAGGGAGACCCCGGAGAUCCACUGAUCAUCCUCCCAAAAGCUGACACCCCAAAGCUCUUCAAGGCUGCCCUGGCUGCCACGGGGAGGAUGAGGGGCAAAGGGCCCCUGGAGCAGCUCCAGUGGAGGCUGAAGGAGCUGAAGGCGAUGCAGGAGGCACAGGGUUCCAGCGUCACCCCAACCCCACCAAAAUCACCCGUGCACCAGAGAUGUGAUGACCAGCCUGUCACAUCCCACAAAGCACAAACCCGCCUGGGAGAAGAAAUAUCUUCAGAAUCUCCUGAUCAUUCAGUCACCAUUCGGGUGAUUUCCACGGCAGAAGAAGAUGAGGAAAUCCUUGCUGCUGAGAUUUCAGAGAAAGAUGAAAAAAAAGAAGAGAAAUGAAACAGCAGCAGGUCCCAGGGCAGGCAUGGGAGUCAGGCAAACGCCUGGGGUAGCAGAUUUUUGUUGUUAAUGAUUUCCAUGCAGUGUCUGUAGGCUUUGCUAUGUGCUGUGGGUAGGAUCUGCUUCUUUUUUCUGCCCAGACCCUCAAUCACUGCUGAUAAAACCCUCUGCCAUGUGACCCAGAACCAUAUAGGGUUCCUAUGCCCUGCAGAGCUAUUGAGCACCUUUAUGAAUUUCCCACUAAAUCUCAGGCCAUCCCUCUUGCUCUGAAAUCCAGCCUUGUGGAGGGAGAGCUAUGGAAAAAUUGCUUUUUAUGGCUCUGGAUGGUUAAUGAGUGUUCAGACAAAGCAAGAAGAGUUAUUCACCUCUGACAGCUGAGUCACCGCUUGGCUAGAAACAACCAAGGGAGAAAAAACAACAAGGUUUCUCUGUUGGGCUCAAGGUUGACAGCAGCAGUGGGGAGUGAUUCAUCCAAAAAGGAUGUGGACUAUGCUCACAGGCCAAGCAUGGAGCAAAUCAAGCUGUCAUGAGAAGGCCAAGCUCUGUCCCUGAGUACACAGGCUGCAAGAUGCUUGAGGGUUCCUGGGUGGUGCCAAGGCCACCUUGGCUUUGCCACUGGGAGGAAUUCUUGCCAGCUGUCCACCCUGGGAAGGUGGUGGACACUCCAUUACUGGGGGCCGUUAUGGAGAGGUUUGAUGAGCAUCUUUCAAGGAUAGAGAAGCACAAUCCUGGAUGAGAUGUUCCUGGAGCUCCUUUCCAGCCUUGGGAUUUUUCUGUGCCGCCACUGCUGGGAGGGAUAAACAGAGAGCAGGAAGGGAGAAGCUGAGUUGGUUCCCAGCUGGGAGGGGAAAGAGAAGUGCAGUAAGUGCUCUCCUCUCCCAGAAAGUGUUUCAGAGUCAGCUCAGAGCCUGUAACGUGCCAACAAGUGUGCACAAGCAUGCAGGUGCUCCCCUGCACUCAUUGCUGGACCUCAGUGACAUCCACAUUUCCAGCAGCAAAUUUCCAGCCCUUCAGUCACUUGACAGGCUCUUGGCCACACUUCCCAUGCAGAGAGAAGCCACUCUCGUGUUGCUCAUCACUGAAGUCAUGAAGUCACUCUCGCAGCCGUGCUUGGGACUGGGUGUUGGAGGGAAAGGCAAACGUCUGGUCAGCAGCCAGCACCCAGCUGAUGGCUCAAGGUGUCCCGUCUUCUUCCAGCACCACCAGGUCCUUCCUCAUCUUCCUCAAACCCAGCACCAAUCAGAGCUAGCUGCUGGUGAGCUGAGAGGUGGUGAGAACCAGUGGGUGAGGCACUUUGUGGCUGUCCAAGGCACCACAGCACCACUGGCUCCAUCAAGAGGAGUCACUUUCUGUCCUGUGGAGGAAAAGUUGGGGCAGGUUUUGCUGCAGGGAGCAGCCCCGUCACCACGGCCAGAGGACUUCCCCAGUGUUCAGCAAACGCUGUGAGCAGUGCUGCAGGUUCCACAGGUCUGGCUGUGACACAGCCAGGCUCUUCGUGAAUGGUGGCAGCGCUGGCGUCACCCCCUGGGUGAUCCCUCUCUCAUCAGCAGCCCGGGGCUGACCUUCACCUCCUUUGGGAUCUUCUUUUGUUGCUUUUUCCCCCUCUCUCUCUCAAAAUAGACGAGUUUCUGUGGCAGAAAAAGGCAUAAUAGGUGUUAGCAUUAAUUAACAACGUCUUGCUUUCUUUUAAACAAAUUAAAUGAACUCCACUAUACUGCAGGAGGGUCUGAAGGCAACACAUUGCAGGGGAGAGCCUGCACUCACCCAAACCUCCCUGAAUAUUUCUCAUCCUCAGUCAUUUGCAAGUGGUUUUCCUGCUGGGUAGAAGAUUUUGGUGGGGAGUGCAAAGUAUUUUUUUUUUUUCACUCUUUAAAUAUUUAUAUAAUCAAACCAGGAAACGUGCAAAAAUCAAACUGGGGCUCUGAUUAGCUGCUAUGAUUUAAUAUUGUUUAGAAAAAGUGUUUAAAUAAAUAGUGGGCUGUAAUUGCUUUCAUAAUUCACUGUAUCUACAGUAAACACCAUGUAGAUUACCAUUCA